AUGAGCUUGACGCAGCGAGAAACUGUAAUUGACGAUUUUGCCAAAGAAAUUGUGGACUCAGUUAUGAAUAGGUUUUCGACUAGCACAGCAUUUUGUUUAUUUGACCAGGUGUCAGCGACAAACGAUUGUAUAAUAUGGAACUUAUUGCGAGGAAUUGUGAGAUUGAAAGCGUCUGCUCUCCUGAUAAUUAGGUUGAGCUUCUGGAAUAAUGAGGUACAACUAUGUCUUUUAGACCUUUCCAGCUUGCAUCGUUACUUUAAAAGGAUACGGGUGUCUACCCACAAGACGUUAAACAACGUAAAUUUUCAAAAAGAUCGAAGCCAGUGCGCUGGAAGUGGAAUAAUAACGCAACCACACAUUUUUGUUAGCAACAAAGUUCUCUAUUUUAUUUGUGGAAGACUUGAACUCAAUAAUGAUCUGUUACUCCUAUGCCUGCAAGUGAUUUCCACCACGGCCCAAUUCUUUCCGCAACCUGUUUUUAAUAUCACCAAGAAGUAA